CAGUAAUCAAAAUAAAUGUCAAAAUUCGAAAAACAGACUUGAGCUGAGCCCGAAAACAGUGAAAUCAUCACCAUUCAUAAUAAUUCAAGAUGAAAUUAAACAGUAACACUAAAAUAGUUGGAAAGAACUUGGUACUCGUACCAUACAGAGAAUAUCAUGUGCCCAGGUACCACGAGUGGAUGCAAUCUGUAGAACUGCAGAAACUAACAGCAUCGGAACCAUUGACAUUAGAGGAGGAAUACGAAAUGCAAAGGUCUUGGCGUGAAGAUGAAGACAAAUGCACUUUUAUAAUAUUAGACAAAGAUAUUUAUGAAAAAAGUAAUGAUGAAACAGAUGCAAUGAUUGGAGACACAAAUAUAUUCAUAACUGACAAUGAGCUUGCAGCAGGUGAAAUAGAAAUUAUGAUAGCGGAGGAGUCAGCCCGUGGCAAAAAGUUUGGAUGGGAAGCUGUUAUUUUAAUGUUCCUUUAUGGAAUAAAACAUAUAAAUAUAAAACUAUUUGAAGCAAAAAUAUCUCUGACUAACACUAUCAGUAUCAAAAUGUUUAAUAAAUUAGGUUUUCAGGAAAAGUCAGUUAGUGAAGUGUUCCAAGAAGUCACCUUGGAAAAGAAAGUUAAUGAUGAAUGGAUUAGAUGGUUGAAUGAACAAGCACAAUAUGAAAUACAAACAUGUUGAUGUACA